CGAUCUGCUGCGGACUCACGAACAUCAUGAAGCUCGAUACUUUAUCCACUAUUCUUACGUGUGCCCCGUUACUACUUCUUCUACAUGGAAGCUCAAGGUCAACCGUGCUCGCAUCGCCAUACAGUGACAACGAUUCUGGCAGGCGCAUCAUAAAUGGACAGCAAGCCAAUCCCGCAGAUUUUCCAUUUUUGGUGAGACUCGUCGCGGACGGAAAUCUCUGCGGCGGCAGCAUAAUAAGCAACUACUGGAUCGUCACUGCGGCUCACUGUAUAGUCAGGGCUAGAUGUCAGGCAAUAGAAAUAUACCGUUCUAACUGGCAGCUUGGUCAGCCACCGCAGAUACACGCUGCUCAAUGCGUGAUCCACCCCCAGAACGACCCGAGACGGUACGCCUUCGACGUCGCCCUCAUAAGAACCGUGGAAGACAUGGUCAGCGGUGGACUUAAAGCGAUCACCCUUACGCCACCAGGCACCCGUUACCCCCCUGGCACUCCGGCCACCGUCGUGGGCUGGGGUAAGAUAGGAUACAACGCAUAUCCCCAAACUCUUUUACGCGGACAGUCGGUCCUUGUGCCCUGGGACGUGUGCAAUGCCCAAUUCAAGGCUGGUUCGCUUCGUUGCAGCGGCAACCCGAACUGUAACAUUGAAGAUAUACCGAACAGAGUAUUGUGCGCCCGGGGCCAAGGGCAAGAUCCGCAAAGUAUGUGUGGCGGAGACUCUGGAGGACCUUUAAUUAUUAACGGGGAACUAGCAGCGAUCAACACUGCUUCAAUGUACGGCAGUCGGCCCAUAUUGACUGCAGGAUGUGUACUUGGGACUGCGACGAUGCACACCAGUAUCGUUGACUAUCUACCAUGGUUGUUUUCUCUUGUUGACCCUAGCGUCAAUACAGCAGGGUUUCCGGUGGCUCCAGAAUCCAGCACCACUUUGCCCGUCGAUGGUUGAGGCAUAUUUUCGGGCCAAUUGGCAACUCGCCAUCGAGUGUUGGGAAACAAAUAAAAAUUCAAGUAGUGAAUGGCUUUUCAAAUUUUCCACACUUACACACGAUGAUGGGUUUACUUUGUUCAACCAAAUAAAUACACGGGAAAAUUCCGA